CAUGGUCUCCUGGAUCAUCUCCCGCCUCGUGGUGCUGAUCUUCGGCACACUCUACCCCGCGUACUCUUCUUACAAGGCCGUGAAGACCAAGAACGUGAAGGAAUAUGUGAAGUGGAUGAUGUACUGGAUUGUGUUUGCCUUUUUCACCACAGCAGAAACACUAACAGACAUUGUUCUUUCUUGGUUUCCCUUUUAUUUCGAGUUGAAAAUCGCAUUUGUGAUUUGGCUGCUGUCCCCUUACACCAAGGGCUCCAGUGUCCUCUACAGGAAGUUUGUGCACCCAACGCUCUCCAAUAAGGAGAAGGAAAUUGAUGAAUAUAUCACUCAGGCUCGUGACAAGAGCUAUGAAACCAUGAUGCGAGUUGGCAAGAGAGGGUUAAACCUUGCUGCCAAUGCAGCAGUUACUGCAGCUGCAAAGGGUCAGGGAGUUUUGUCUGAGAAGCUGCGAAGUUUCAGCAUGCAGGAUCUCACUCUGAUUCGGGAUGAGGAUACUGUCCAUUUGCGAAGCCAUGAGCCACAGUUGCGCCCCUCUGCUGGGAGCCUCCUUGAAACCAUUGAGGAUUCAGCUUCCUGUUACUCCUCAGGAGAGGAGAGCAGUGUGACACAGAGAUCUACUGGAAACCCGUCUGAGACUAGAACAGAUCCAUCAGAUGAAGAUGCAGGAGACAAACUGCCUAAACGUACCCAGAGCCUCAAAGCAUCAAAGAAGAUGUCAAAAAGUGAGCUUCCAGUAAGAAGUGUGAAAGCUCGCCCUAAGAAGAAAGCUACAGUCUCUGUUGCUUCUGUUGAGUCAUCCUAAGGAGACCUCCGCAUCCCCAGCAUCUGUCUCUGUCCCAGGAUUUGCCUGUCACCUUCGAGGGGAAGCUUCAAAGGAAGGGAGCUGAGAUUCAUGUACAUAACAGCUACUGCUUUGUAGAGCUCUUUCCAAGGCAAGGGGGAGGCUGAAAUUUAGAAUAUGAAUUAGAGGAUGCAUAUCCUCUGGAAUUUUCUCCUUUUCAUCUUUCUGCUGGAGCGGAUGCCAGUAUGUCUGUACAUAGUCUGUUGCUUUGGGAUUCCCUCUGUAUAACCGUUGUUGAGGAGAAUCUUUGUUGGAAGAACUGACUAGGGUUAGAGACAUCCUUUGUACAAAAACUGGAAAAGAUAUUAGACACUGGAGUUCCACAGGGGUGGGUGGCUUCCCAGAAUGUCAUGUCUUGCUCUGGGUUUCCUUCUGCAGCUGCAUGUUGUUAAGAAGUGCUCAAGAUAAUUCACUCUCCUUUAGAAUGACAAAUACCUGUCAUACUAAGUCCCUUUCACAAGGGGACUGAAGUGAUGUGUGCUGAGUACUUUUGAACAUAAGAAGGACUGGUUUCUUGGAGGAAUGUUGCAGAUUCCAGUUCCUGGUACUGGAAGAUAAGAGUUUGAUUUUUGUUUUAUUUUAUUUUUCCAGAAGGUCACGUGAGGGAAUUGAAAGCUGAGUUACGAAGAAAAAGUUCUAGUAUACACACAUGUGAUGAAGCAGAUACAGGUAUUUGUAAGAGUUAACUUGAGAAGGAAAGUGGGGUAUUCAUAAGGUUUUUGASUUGCUCCUUGAAGCGGCUUGGAUUUUAUUUCAAGUUCUGUUGUUUACUUUAAUAAGAGCACCUGUAAAAACAUCAGUGAGAGAAGGAAAAAUGGGCAGAGGGAAUGCAGGAAGGGAGUGUUUGAACUCUGUAUUGUCCUGAUGGUUAUUACCACAAAUUAUCUCAUUAUCCUGAUACUGGGGAAAGAAUAGCAUUAAUACAGCCU